AUCCAUGAGCCAAUCUGAUGCAGACAGUUGAUGUAAGGGGGAACUCUGAUGGGGACAGUGAUGUAAGGGGGAACUCUGAUGGGGAGAGUGAUGUAAGGGGGAACUCUGAUAGGGAGAGUGAUGUAAGGGGGAACUCUGAUAGGGAGAGUGAUGUAAGGGGGAACUCUGAUAGGGAGACAUUCUGAUGGGGACACCCGAUGUAAGGGGGCACUCUGAUGGGGACACCCGAUGUAAGGGGGCACUCUGAUGGGGACACCCGAUGUAAGGGGGCACUCUGAUGGGGACACCCGAUGUAAGGGGGCACUCUGAUGGGGACACCCGAUGUAAGGGGGCACUCUGAUGGGGACACCCGAUGUAAGGGGGCACUCUGAUGGGGACACCCGAUGUAAGGGGGCACUCUGAUGGGGACACC